AGUUUCCUCUGUGUAAUUAUUGCCUGCCUCUCAUCAGCUCAAUCAGACAACUCAUUCAAUAUACUACAUUCCCUCUACUCUUCACUCAAUCAAUAUGUUCUUUUCCGCCGCCCUCGUUGGCCUGGUUCUCGCCAGCGCCGCCAGCGCAGCUCCUACCGCUAUCGAGCUCAACACUCCCGAGUUGAACAGCACCAAGUGGACUCCUGAUCAUGUCCUCAAGCAUGAUGAGGUUAUCCUCUACGGCGAGGAUGGUCGCAUGGAGAUUGUCCAUGAGUCCGUUUAUGAGCAGUUGAUCGGCCAGCACGGAUUCGACCUCGAGGCCCCUGAGAUCGAUGAGGCCUUCUUGAACAGCACUGAUGACAAGGUGUUGGACGCCCGUGCUGACUGCUCCUAUACCACUGCCCUUAUCACCGACAAAACCGAAAACUUUGUGGAUUGGGACGUACAGAUGAGCCCCGUCGUCAUUGCUAGUGUCGGCGCCAUGGACGUCUAUGUCAGCUCUGGAUACUCCGUUUCCAACAGUGUCACCGUGAGCGGUGAAGGCGAGCUCAAGUUCAUCAAGGACAGACUCGGUGCCUCGUUUGGUGUUAGCUACACCCGCACCUGGACCACGCAGACCGUCAUCAACAUCAAGGGAACUGUCCCCAAGGGCUGGUCCGGUGUCAUGAUCACCCGGCCCUUCAAGACCCGCCGCUACGGCCGCAACAUGCGAGGUUGCAUCGGUAGCCAGAAGCAGAUUGGCACAUGGAUGGCUGAUUCCUACCAGGAGGGCUCGUACGCCGGUGUCAAGUGGGUUUCUGGAGCUAUCUCCAUGUGCGCCAAGAAGCAGUUCCCCCUGACUCGCUGCAACGGAAGCGGCAAGUUUAUUUAA